UUGUAUCACGAAUUGCUUCGUAUUAUGCUUGCGCCGAAUCCACUGCACUGAGAAUCCCAACGCCAUGAGUAUAGCGUCAAUUGGUGCAAUGCAAAAGCAUUGCACAUGAAGUGCAAUGCCUCCCCAUUCCCAUGCAUUAUCAUAGGGCCUUUUCGGAAUGCAUUGAACGUAAAGUGCGAUAUGGCUAUCGCAUUGCACGUGUGGUGCGAUAUCUCAGCUGCAUUGCACCAUACGUGCUAUACUCAUAGCGUUUGGAAUCUCAGUAUGUAACAUACGAAUAACGUAGGUCAAAUUUCAUUGUAAGACAUUUAGAGUGUUCUUCUUGUUCUUUAAUUUUGUCGACUGGUAAGUUGCUAUGCAAUGAUAACAAAUCGAACAAGUGUUUAUUUUCAAAGGUUUUCUCAACCUUCGUGUUAUGUUUUAUUGAUUAUCGUUUUCUUAAAAGAAAUCGUGUACUUUUCGAGUUCUGGUAUGAUUUCAGAAUAGAAUCAAACACAACAGAACGUCGAAACUGCCCUCAAAAUUGCGACUUGGCCUCUAAAGUGCGUGGUAUCAGUGACGUUUAAUAUUGGUUUUUACCCAAUCAUUGCCUGCUUUGUCGUCAUGCCAACUGUGCUAGCCACAUUCUACCGGGAAGUCAUUCAUGCAGUUAAGGACAGGCGUACAACCUAUCAGUGGGCUGUCGUUCAAAGAUCCACACUAGAGGCUUCGAUGGAGAUGGAGCGGAUAGUGUUCACGGUGCUGCCGGUUAUCCUCGUCAUGGUCUACGUUAUGCCCAUCCUGUGCACCGUAGAGGUUCUGGUCCUGGGGAAGGAGGCUGAGCUCUUCGCUUACGUGACAGCGUCGCAUGUCGUCACCCUGCUGAUUCCCAUGUGCCUGGCUGGAGACUCGCUGAGCCUCUUCCGGAACGAGGUGUCCAACGGCGCCUACAACGGGCCUUGGACGGAGGAACGACCAUUUGGACGCUACUUCCGCCUGCACAUGAUGAGGGCGUCGUUCGGCGUGGCGGGCCGGCUUCGAGGCAUCGGCAUCGGUGCUCUCGACCGCCGGUCGUGCAUUCAGGCUCUCAAGUCGUGGUACAACUUCGUACAGUUUUUCCGCAAUUUCAGCCCAGGUGCGCCACGCUGAGGCGCGUUCCCAUUACACGGGGAAAUAACUUUGAAAGAAACUCAGUCUGCAAAUUUUUGAAUUCCUCAUGAAUGUUGGAUGAAUUUCAGUAAAUUGCUGCCAAAUUUCCUGAAGUUUUGCUAUGAAUUUCACUUAUUUUGAGUACUUAAAAAUUUUGACUUCCUAUCAAGAAUUUUCAAGACAUUUGACUCCUCAAAACUAUAGGGCGUAAGUGCUCCACGUGGAUUUGCUUUUACAAUACGUUUUGGGUUUUAAGGGUAUGAGGCUGGGUUGGAAGUGCCAAGUACCGUCCAGAAACCGCAUGAGUACUACUAUUAGAGUCACUGCCUUGCAACCCUGUUCUCCACUGUGCAACUAGCCUAUGGAUAAUAAAGAUGGUUCUGGAGUGUUCCCCUGUUGUACGAAUAUGUUUUUUUGUUUCUUAUCCUGUGGUCACAACACUUGAUUUUAAACUAUUCUGUAAAAGAAUAGAGUAUUUUUAUAAACUGACUUCCUCCUAUAGGGGUAAGUCACGUCAAAAUUAAACUACAAGCAACAAGAUGUCACGCCGCAGUCACAUUGGCUAAAAAAAACUACGGAAGUCAGUUAAUUUGUUUGCAACGAUUCUUCGUGCCCAAAACCCAACAUUUUCCAUUAGCCUCUUAAGAAUCUUCUCCGCAGGACUGACAUCAUUUUCCCCAUGCCCAUUGCAGACCAUUGGGUUGCACGGAAUUGACUGUAAUCCACGGAGAAGAUUGACAAGAAGGCUACGGAAAACAUUUCGUCCUGGGAAACGGACACAACAAGUUUUUAACAGAUUUCUCCGAUAAACACGCUGGUAAAUUCCUGAUACUAUACUUGUCAAGUGCGCACAGUCCUAGGUUUACUUACGUUCACUCGCAUGGGAGUACUUGUCAAGUUCCGGGCGUAUCGUUUAGACAAACAGUAUGGAGUGUCCACUCUA